AUGAGGAUCGUGGUGAGUUUGCUGUGUUGCCUCACGCUCGGGGGGCUGCCAGGGGCGAGCGGCUCGUGCCCAUCCCAGUGCAGCUGCACCUUCCACAGCCUCAGUGAAGGGACCAAAGCCAGGACAGUGCUGUGUAAUGACCCAGAGAUGACCCUCCCACCUGUGAACAUCCCCGUAGACACAAUCAAGCUUCGGAUAGAAAAGACAGCCAUCCGCAGGGUGCCAGGAGAGGCUUUCCACCUACUGCACUACCUGGAGUACCUCUGGAUGCCCUAUAACUCCCUGGCCAGCCUCAGCGGAAUCACCUUCAAGGGCCUUCGUCGUCUGCAGGAGCUGAGGCUGGAUGGGAACAAUUUAAUAGCUUUCCCCUGGGAAGCCCUGGCUGGCAUGCCACAGCUAAGGCUUCUGGAUUUGCACAACAACGAACUUACCUCAGUCCCUCCAGAUGCUGCUCGUUAUGUCAAGAAUAUCACAUACCUGGAUCUAUCUAGCAAUAAGCUGAUGACCCUUCCUCAGGCUCUUAUUGCCACCUGGGCAAACCUCCAGGCUGUUCCUUACUUCCCCAAUGAUAACUCCAAGAUCAUCCUAGGCUUGCAAGACAAUCCUUGGGUAUGUGACUGCAGUCUGUAUGAAAUGGUCCAUUUCCUAAAUUUCCAGUCUCCUAACAUAGCGUUCAUUGAGCCCAGGCUGAAAUGCUUCACGCCCCGGAGCCUUGCAGGAGUGUUCUUCAGCCAAGUGGAGCUAAGGAAGUGUCAAAGCCCCGUUGUACACACGUCUGUAGCCAAAGUGAAGACCAUCCUGGGCAGCACCGUGCUGCUACGAUGUGGGACAACAGGGGUGCCCAUCCCUGAGCUCAGCUGGAGGAGAGCUGACGGUGCUCAGCUGAACGGCACAGUUCACCAAGAGAUUUCCAGUGACGGGAUGAGCUGGUCUAUUCUGGGCCUGCCUGUAGUGUCUUACCUUGACUCUGGAGAGUACAUCUGUAAAGCAAAGAAUUUUCUGGGAGCAACAGAGGCGUUCAUAUCUCUCAUCAUCACAGACUCUGAAAGCACGGAUGACCCAAACUCUUCUAAUGGCAAAGGCACAUGGAAUGGGAAGGCGAGUGGGAUGGAAGCAGCUGCCUACAAUGACAAACUAGUAGCAAGGUAUGUUAUCACCACCUCCACUGUGCCUACCCUGGGGGCUGGAGUGGGCACUGGAGAGGGCCUCCUCUCGGAUGUGGAACAAGACAGCAACCCCAGAAACCUGCUGGUGAGCCCCCCCACCGGUCAGCAGGAGCCAGAGCGAAUGGUGAGGAGUGUCAGGGUGAUAGGAGACACCGACCAGAGCAUCACCCUGGCCUGGAAGGCACCUCUGGCAAAGAACACGACGGUGUUCAGUGUCCUCUAUGCGAUCUUUGGAGAGAGGGACAUGCGGCGGAUCAACGUGGAGCCGGGGAAGACCAAGGUCACCAUUUAUGGGCUGCUUCCCAAGACCAAAUACAUCGUGUGUGUCUGUGUGAAAGGACUGAUCCCCAGGAAGGAGCAGUGCAUCAUAUUUUCCACGGAUGAAGUUGCCAGCGCAGGAGGGACCCAGAAGCUCAUCAACGUGGUUGUCAUCAGCGUGGCCUGUGUCAUCGCUGUUCCCCUGACGCUGGUGGUCUGCUGCGGAGCACUGAAGAGGCGCUGCAAAAAAUGCUUCGUGCGAAAACCCAAGGAAAUUCAGGAAUCCUAUGUCACCUUUGAAAGCCUGUCUCCCGGGGCCAAGGCGAAGGGCGUGGAAGGGGAAUACUUGACUAGACAUACCCCUGAUGAGUCAAACAGGCUGCUGUCUGCCCGGUCCAGCGUGGACUCUGAAGCGAUACCAAAGAUAGAGGGACAACCUAAUGAAUACUUUUGCUGA